AUGGGGGGGUGCCCUGUGUGGGAAGAGGGGACAGGGCAGCUGCUGUUCGUGGACAUCACCGCAGGGCUCGUGUGCCGGUGGAGCCCACUCACAGGGCAGGUGCAGACCGUGGGCCUGAGAAACCGCAUUGGCUGCGUGGCUCUGUGCCAGAACGGGGCCUACAUGGUAGCGGCUGGCACCCACCUCGGCUUCCUGGACUGGGAGACACAGCAGGUGCAGUGGGUGGCCUGGCUGGACAGGGACAAGCCCCACAACAGGUUCACCGACAGCAAGGUGGGCCCUGCCGGGAGGUUUGUGGCAGGCACCAUGCCGGAGCCGUCCGCCCCAGGAGUGUGGGAGCGAGGGCAGGGCUCCCUGUACACGCUCUAUGCUGACCACUCGGUGGUCAGACACCUGCAUGGGCUGGGCAUCCCAAAUGGGCUGGACUGGUCCCUGGACCACAGCACCUUCUACCACGUUGACAGCCUGGACUACUCCGUGCAUGUGUACGACUAUGACGUGCAGACCGGCAAGAUCGGUAGGAGCCCCGGCCCUUCCUUACUCCCGCCCUAG